UCAAUGGUCCUGAGCAUCAUCCGAUUUACUUAAAUAAAUAUUUCUGAAAAACUGCAAGAUUUGCAGACAUGAUUUCAUUUUUGAGUGUCCAACUACUUCUUCUGACCGGAUUAACCUUGUGCUGGGCUCAAGACUGCAACCUGAUUACUCAGGUGGACAUAGAAGCGCUGAAAUACGUGCAGGCUUUUUUCCCCGACCAACAUGCCAUCUACUCCGGCUGUCUUCACUCCUUUAUUGUGGGAGACCCGAAAACGUGCGAUGCUUCAAAUUUUGUAAUGCCAUGGGCUCCUUCAUGCCAAGCUGCCGUGCAACACACCGACUUCGCUGCGAGGGUUAAAAAGCAUAACCUGAUGAAAUACAAGAGCAUGAUUGAGAAUGCAAUAUAUUCCAAUGGUGGAGAUGCCGAUGAGAUUUGCGAGUCCCUGGUGACCGAGGGUGAUAAAUUCCUACCCAAGUUGAAAGAGUUCGCAACCAACACAAAUCUUCCGGCACGUGUCGCGUUUGACAAGUUUUGCAAGAAGGAUUUCAGCUCGUGCGAGAGACUCGAGUUUCCAAAGGAAGUCGAAGACUAUUUCAUGAGUGAUAUGUCUCCCGCAUAUAAGGAUUUAAUCAAGACUUUCAAAACCACGAUCAAGACGAAAGCCUUGCCUACUACGGGAGCUGUAAGUAAAGGAAUUGAGCUGGCGUUCGGUGGAGCAGAUUUUGGAUUAAAGACAUCAAAAUGUUUCAAUGAAGUUUUAUCAUUUGCAAAGAACUUGUUCCUACCAACUGUUUGAUUGUGAGUGCAUGCAUUAUUUGCAAUUGAGCACUCAGACUACAUAGAUUUAGUGUUUAGUAAGAUUUAUAAAUUUUGUAAAUAAACGUCCAUCAAAAAGUAAA